CGUUCAGUGGUUGUAGCUCAAGUGCGCGCGCUCUCGCGUCUCCACACGGACUUUACUUUUGCCAACUUCCAGAGCCACUUGGCCAGGCCAGAGGAGCCUCGCGAUGCCACUGCUCUGAUCCGAUGCGAGUACCGAGAUCCACACCACACACCGCUCGCCCGUUUGACCGGCCCACGACUGUUACGCGUCGCGUUUUGUUGGCUCUUCUGUGGCGCAUUUUCUGCGUUUUGACGACGGCAUUUGUGCGAUUUGGCGGCUUGUUGUUAAGACGUAAAUUUACCCUUAGGGAUCGUUACUCAACAAAAAUAUAAGAAAUUGUUGCGAGUUCCUCCCGAACCGCGCAGUUUCAUCAAAGUGAAUUUGAAAUAAAUUUGCAACAGAUUGUUCGGGCAAAGAGUGCAAGUGACAAAAAUGAAAUUGAUUUUUAGAUAUGCGAUAAAGUGAGAAGAGUUUUUGUUUGGCACAUUGAAGCUGCAAUUUAUACAACCAAUAAGAAUACAAAAAGACGACGAGCAGUAUUCCCCCUUGGACUCCUAUCGGUGCUGAAGCUAAUCAUUUGUGGAGCACAUUUGGAGGUUUUCUUUUGGGGCUGCUAUCUAACCUGCAAAAGUGAUUAACUGUGUGCUGUAUGCUCUAGUGUUGCUGCUGUUGGCACAGUUAGCUGUAAGAACUGAUUAUGCCAUUGUUGCUAGCAAACUACUAUCAGCAACAUCAGCGGCAGCAGCAACAUCGGCGGGAGCAGCAACGGCAGCAACAGCAACGGCAACAGCAACAACAGAAGCGACAGCAGAGGCAGCAGCAACAGCAAAAGCAACAUCAGCAGGUUGCCAGCACAAACGGCAUGUUACUUGAAUACAAAAGCUAUUGCAAUACAAAUCAGGCUAGCAACAACAGCAGCAUCGGCAGCAACAACAACAACGACCACCGACAGCUGUGUCCAGCGGAAGCACUAACAAUGUCAACGCCGACAACAACAACCAAAUACAAAAUCAAUGGCGAGGCCAAUGAAAGCGUUGCUGCCAGCACACUGCUUUACCAUCAUGCACAUCAUCAUCUUAAUCAUCAUCAGCAGCUCAGUGGCCUGCAUAAUCAUCAUCAUCAUCACCAGCAGCAGCAGUCGCAGCAGCAGCAGCAGCAACAGCAACAACAUCAUCAACAACAAUUGCUGCUCCAGCAGCAACUCCUGCAGCAACAUGUGGCCAGCAGUUCGCCGCUGCAGCAUUUGAGCAAUCUUUUUGGCCAGCAUUUGCCUACGCAGAGUCUGCAGCAUUUGAUAGCCGCCGAGUACUGGCAGCAACAACAACAGCAACAGCACGCAGCAACAACAAUUAAAAGCGAGCCAACAACUCAAUCAGCAGCGGCAACCUCGGCCUUUGCCGCAACAGCAACAUCGGUCUUUGGUUUCACGCCUCAGCAACACGUCAAUUUGGCAGCCUCGUUAGUCGCCUUAAAGCAAAACGAUCCUGUGGCCGUGGCUGCUAUGGUGCCCAGCCCCACAGAAAUGCCCGGCGCACCGAGAAGAGCGGCAACUGCAACAGCAACAACUACGACAGCAUCAACAGCGGCUGCAGCAACAUUGCAGGCGCCAAAAGCAACGGCAGAAUCAACAGCCUGCGGAACAAUUGACGAAGACGAAAACGAAAACGAAGACCACGACAACGACAACGAAGACGAAGACGAGGCUGAUAAUGAUGACAGCAACUGCAGCAACAGCAUGCAAAAUCCAGGCGUUGGCAACUUUAAAUUCGAGCCAAUUCAACAGCUUGUGGCCGUGAAUGAAACCAACCUAACGAGCCCCAGAUCCCAGUCCACAUCCACCUCCAGUUCCAUGUCCCGCUCCGUUUGCGGUGCUCGCGACUCGAACAAAGAUGAAACUUUGACUGCUGUUGACACAAAUAUGCGCAAUGUCAGCGCAAAUCACAGUGGCUCCUACUGCUGUUCAUCCUCACAGCAGUCCUCUACCUCCUCCCAGUCCUCCCAGUCCUCCCAGUCCUCCCAGUCGCGCGCAUCCAACGAUGAAACGAUGGAACACGACGAUGAUGAUGAGGAGCAAGACAAGAAGCCAACGCUUGAAUUGAAGCUGCAGUCGUGUGAUGAAUAUGUUGAGCAGCCAAAGGAUGAACCAGCAGGACAGCAGACGGCCAACGACAAUGCUUCAGCGCCUUUGCAGCUGAAAACGGAGCCCGAACAGGAGCAGCAGGAACAGGAGCAGGGACUCGGAGUGGGAAUGGGACUCGGACUCGGACUGACUGGAGCAGCAGCAGCAGUUGCUCUCUAUGGACACUUGAACAAUGCCAGCAAGGAUGUGAGGGACUCGGAGCAAUGCCUGAAAUUGCAGGACCCAAACGAUAUCAGCCGCCUGUCGCGCUCGCCGUCGCCACUGCAAUCGAAUGCUUCCGAUUGCGAUGACAACAACUCGAGUGUCGGCACCUCCAGCGAUCGCUGCAGAUCCCCGCUCAGUCCCGCGCUCUCGCUGACCCAUCAGCAGGCCAAGCGGCAGCUGCUGUCGCUGCCACAUCCGGCACACCAUCAUCACCAUCAUUUGAGUCACCUGAACCACCAGCAGUACAAGCAGGAGGAGGACUAUGAGGAUGCCAACGGUGGAGCCCUCAAUCUGACCAGCGACAACUCGCGUCACAGCACGCAGUCGCCUGCCAAUUCGGUCAAGUCCACAGUCACCUCUCCGCCUCAGGUGACAGCGCCCUCGCCCGUGCCGCCCAUGAUCUCGCCUGUGCUGCCGCUGCCACAUGUGGCCAGCGGGGGAGAUGCCGCACCCAAUUCGAUGGCAGCAGCGACUGCCGCCAUGGCCAAUGCCAUGGCCAGUGGCAUCUCGCCGCUGUUGGCCAUGCCGGGCAUGUCCUCGCCGCAGGCUCAACUCGCAGCCGCUGGUCUGGGGCUCAGCAAUCCGCUGCUGACGGGUACGCUGUCCCCCCAGGACUUUGCACAGUUCCAGCAGCUGCUGCAGCAGCGGCAAGUGGCGCUCCAGCAGCAGUUCAACAGCUACAUGGAGCUGCUGCGCAGCGGAUCGUUGGGUCUGGCACAGGACGAUCCCGCGCUGACCACUCAGGUGGCGGCCGCCCAGUUCCUAAUGCAGAGCCAGCUGCAGGCCCUCGGCCAGGCCACGCAGCAGCUGCAGGCUCUGCAGAAGCAACAGCAGCGCCAGCAACUGCAACAGCAGCAGCAGCAGGACGAGUCCAUGCCGUUGGCUUUGCCGCUGCACAAUCCGAGUCACCACCACCACAUGCAGCCGCGCAGCUCCACGCCGCACUCCUCCCGCAGUCCCAUGGCUGUGCGCAGUCCGGCCAGCUCGCCCCCGCAGCUGCACCAUCCGCUGCAGAUCACGCCGCCCAAUUCGGCGGCCAGCAUUAAGAUGAGCGGCGGCAUGUUGACCCCCAGCACGCCCACCAGCGGCACCCACCAGAUGCACGGCACCACCACGCCGCAGCCCAGGACGGUAGCCAGUGCGGCGGCGGCACGUGCCGCAGGCGAGCCCUCGCCGGAGGAGACCACCGACCUGGAGGAGCUGGAACAGUUUGCCAAGACCUUCAAGCAGCGACGCAUCAAGCUCGGCUUCACCCAGGGCGACGUGGGCCUGGCCAUGGGCAAGCUGUACGGGAACGACUUCUCGCAGACGACCAUCUCGCGGUUCGAGGCGCUCAAUCUGAGCUUCAAGAACAUGUGCAAGCUGAAGCCGCUGCUGCAGAAGUGGCUGGACGACGCCGAUCGCACCAUCCAGGCCACCGGCGGAGUCUUCGAUCCGGCUGCCCUACAGGCCACCGUCAGCACGCCGGAGAUUAUUGGGCGCCGCCGCAAGAAGCGCACCUCCAUCGAGACUACGAUUCGGGGAGCCCUCGAGAAGGCAUUCAUGGCCAACCAGAAGCCCACCUCGGAGGAGAUCAGCCAGCUAGCCGAUCGCCUUGGCAUGGAGAAGGAAGUGGUCCGCGUGUGGUUCUGCAAUCGUCGGCAGAAGGAGAAGCGCAUCAAUCCCUCGCUCGACAGUCCCACGGGUGCGGAUGAUGAUGAGUCGUCCUCCUACAUGAUGCACUAGGGGGGCAGGGCUCAGGCGUAGAGGGAUAUGCAAGGAUGUUAUCUAGGGACAAAGACAGUGCAAUGUGCAGACAGGACAAAAAGUGAACGAGGAACCGAAG